AUGUGGGAGACAGUCAUUCAGAAAGAAAAAGCAAAUUGGGCGCAGUGUUCCGAAGUUGGCAGCACUGUCGAGCAACUCGAUCAAGACGGCGAGGCACACAUCGUACAAUUAACAUCAGAACAAGGUAUACCAAGAUUCAGUGAUUUACCGUGCAAUGGCACGGAUGAUGUUAUGUCGUAUUUCGAUCCGGGAUUGUCCGAUGGAUAUACAGUCAAAAUAAAUAGGACGUUGAACAGUGGUACUCCUAUAAAAUUGAAAUUUGACAUGGAUGCUUUGAUAACGGUGGACAACUCCACCGCAAGGUUGGUUGAUUUAGGUAACAAUGACUUUAAACUAGUACUCUUGCAAGACACUGAUUUAUUUGGAUUCAAUAUUAAAGGACAAUUCCUCUUAUUACCACCUUACAUAAUAAGUCUCAAAAUUAAGGGAGUGGAAAAUUGUGCAAAACCUAAUUUUGGUUAUUUCGAAAGACAUCCAGUUGGUGCUGAAAAAAGACCAGAAGUACCGAAUCUAUUUUGUGGGAAACGUAAAGCAAUCAAUCAAUUGAUAGUUAACGGAGUAGAGUCAAAACCUGGCACCUGGCCGUGGCACGUCGCGAUAUACAGAUUAGAACGGGCUACUUUGAGGUACAUCUGUGGAGGAACAUUAGUUUCAAAUUUAUUUAUUUUGACUGCUGCUCAUUGUGUGACGAUUAAGGGCGCUGCUGUUUUACCAGAAAUUUUAGGUAUCAGUCUAGGGAAACAUAAUUUACUCGGAGGAGAUUUAGAUUCUCAAGAAAAACAGGUACACCAAGUUAUUGUCCACGAAAAGUUUGCGCACACAACACUUGACAAUGAUAUUGCGUUGUUGAAAUUAAAAUCUUCAGUUAAAUAUAAUACGGUCAUACAGCCUGCGUGUAUAUGGUUUGAUAAGGCAGAAGGAAAACUACCUACCGGAGAUGUUCUCGGUACCGUAACAGGCUGGGGCUUCGAUCAAACGGAAUCUCUUUCAACCGUACUUCGUGAAGCUACAAUGCCAAUUGUGCCAGACUUGGACUGUAUCAGGACUAAGCCGUUAUUCUACUCCGUUGUCUUGAAUGGCAAAAAGUUCUGCGCUGGGUAUCGGAAUGGAACCGCGGCUUGUAAUGGCGACAGCGGUGGAGGAUUCCAUGUAUACGUACCAUAUGAAGACAGUCCAUUUGUAAAGAGAUACGUUAAAGGCGCCUGGUACAUCAGGGGCAUUGUAUCCCUCAGUGUUGUUAGACAGGACACCUCGCUUUGUGAUCCAAAUGAAUACGUUGUUUUCACAGAUAUAGCAACUUACAGCGACUGGAUUUACGAUCAUAUGGAAUAGCUAACUGUUAAAAAUAUUAUAAAGUGUGUGUAUAGUCAGCAACUGGAGUUUACUCGUAAAAAAUUACCGAGAUAUUUAAAUAUUAAAAAGUUCUACUCAAUUAUAAUUUAAAAAAAUCGAAUUUAGACUUCAUAUUAUUUACUUUCUGUCAAUUGUAAAAUCUACCAUACUAUCAUACUUAUGAAGAUCUCCACAUAUACAUAUAAAUGGACAUGAAAAUUUACAAAUGCAGUCAAAAUAGUUCAGCCUUUUCGAGUUAUUUCCAAGAAGUUGCCUCUCAAAAUAUCGCAUUCAGUAAACAUUUAAAUAUUUCCUCUGAUAAGUGGUGAAAAUGAAAUUGUCCUUGCCGAACUUUCAGUUUUUGAACAGUAAUUCAAAUUUUCGGAAAAAAUUCUGAACGUCGGAAUGUUCAAAGCGCAAAGUUCUCAUUGAAACGACGGACAGCCACGUUUUGUUGACUUUUUCAACAUUGAUUGAAUGAACACGAGUCGUUUUCGUUUGGUUGUGUCGUGUUUUUUAAUGUUCAUGAAGUUUCCCGGAAAAUUUAGCGAACAUUAACUAUAUGUUGAAUUAGUAAAAGUUGAUAUGUUA